CCGAGUUUGCGAGCUGUUAACCCUUGCGUACACUGUAUUGCAACCCCUUGCUGAGCAAGCAGAGCGUACUAUUGUCCCUUUCCAAGCUCAAGGGAUGACCAACGGUGACUAGCAGAACACGACCACCGAGCGCCAUAGGACACCGUUUUGUUGCGACGUGCUAGAGCUGCGCUGCGGCUCCCAUUGCCUGCCCCACACGGUUGUUUACACAGCCGCGAUAGAUGCCACGCUCUAGCUUCUUCAUCUCGGAUGGUCUAGGACGUCUUCAUCGCGGGCUACGCGCCGCUCUAGGUUGCACACGAGGAUGUGCCGUCAUGUAUCGUCAUGAUGGGAAGCGAAGGCAACAAGACGCUGCUCGCAUGCUGCAUGCCCAGCGACACGACUUGCCAGAGGGCAGGAUGGUGUUCUCGCACGUGACCGUUAUAGCCAGACUAUUCCCUCCACAGAGCGUUGUGGACCUCACUUCAUCACCGACGAAAGUGACGCAGUACCCAGCAAGCUCGAUGCCAUCGCUCUCUCCCAGCACUGGUGCGUCCGCGCUGAACCGGCAGACGGACACGAUGCACCAUAUGCUGGGCAGCGCGGUCCGCACGGCGUUGCCUACGCUGGACGUCCAGCAACAAGCGAUCGCCGAGGGAGGUACCAAUGCUCACAUUGUGUCUCCGCAACUUGCCCAUCGCCUCGCGAACCGACCGAACGCCGAGCUCGGCGCGAAUGUGAGCGCAUACCUUCACAUGAUGCGGCUGAAUAGAUGUGAGGGUGCGCAAGAAGCGAUGGAGGAGCGGGGCAUGGAUUUUGAGCCGUGGCUCUAUGGCAGCUAUGCGGAAGCCCCAGAGAUUUGGGCCACUCGCACGAAUGGGGUGAUACGCGAGGGUGUCCAUCAAGGGGGUAUGGCUGUAGUGGUCUGGAUGUGA